CAUAUACAAAUGACAUUUGUAUACAAAAUGGCACAUUAAUAAAUAAAUAAAAAUGGCAUACAGUUAACCAAUUACGUCAUUAUAAUUUCCCCUUUUGAUUUUCAUGUUUCAUCCUUCAUAUUUUCACCUACUACACCACCACAAGUUCCUUAACCAUUACUCCAUUUUCAUCAUACAAACAGAAUUCAUUCAUCUCACAAAACAUCUUCCACCACAAGGCUUACAAAAUGAAUUCAUUCAAUCAGAAACAUCAAAGUAGCCGCUUCAGGUACAAUCCAAACUCAAACAAGAUGAACAAUUUAGACGAUGAUGUUGAAUUUUCAGGUUUUCUUGAUAUAUAUGUUCAUCAUGCUAAGAAUAUUCAUAACAUAUGCAUAUAUGAUAAUCAAGAUGUGUAUGCUAAAUUCUCUCUUACUUAUAACCCUGAUGAAACCCUCUCCACAAGUAUCAUCAAUAAAGGUGGAAAAAAUCCAAUUUUUAAUCAAAAUUUGAGGGUAAAGAUUAUUCAAGUGGAUGCUGUUUUAAAAUGUGAGAUUUGGAUGUUUAGUAGGUCGAGAAAUCACUUAGAAGAUCAACUUUUAGGGUUUGCUUUGGUACCAAUUUCCCAGGUUUUUGGUAGAGGAAAAGUGACUCAAGAUUAUAGUCUUUCUUCCACUGAUCUUUUUCAUUCUCCUGCUGGAACUGUUCAAUUAACACUUUCAUUAGAUACAUCUUUUGAAAUGAAUUCAAGUUUGAGUUCAAUAUCGCAAUCGGCUACUAAAUCUUCAUCGAUAUCUUCGGAAGUUGUUUUGCUUGAUCCGAUUGAGUAUUCUAGGAUUGAAUUUCCUGAUAUUAAUGUGGUGAAUGAGAAUCAGAAAAUGGUUUACGAGUACUUCAAUUCGGAAUCGUUCGGUUCUGUUUCAAGGCCUAAUUUAGUUGGAUCAUUGCCAUUUCUUCACCUUGGCGGUUCUCCUCAAGUUGCUGUUGAUUGUGAAAUGACAAUGAAUUCGUCAGACGAGAAUCACGAAUCCAUUAUUUCGCCAAAUGAGAGCAAUCACAAUUCUAGGUUUCCUAGCUCUACUACUACAAGCGUAUCCGAUGAUAGAAACUCGAAUGAUUCCGUUGAGAAAAAGAGUAACUUGAGGGACGACUCGUUGAAUUCGUUCAACGUGUUAGUCUCCGUUGAAGAUAAUCAGAAUUCUGUUGCUUGUCCAGAUACUCCAACUUCCAAGAAAGAAAGCGAAGCUGGAAAUGAAAACAAGGAGCUAAAAUUCUCGAGCACCGAAAUGGAGACUAAUAAUAAUGGUAGGAAUCUAGAAGCUAUAAAAUUCGGUCAAGUUUAUUCUGUUCCGUCUCGAAACAUCGAUAUGGAGGCUGAGCAAUCAUCUAUGCAGCAACAAAUAGUUGAUAUGUAUAUGAAAAGUAUGCAACAAUUCACCGAGUCUUUGGCGAAAAUGAAACUACCGAUGGACCUUGAUCAUAAACCUAAUAAUGAAGAUCAAGGUGAUGUGAUUCAGAAUCACAACAACAACAAAUUAGAAGCUGCUGAUAAGAAGAAAAACGACGGAUCACGGGUGUUUUAUGGUAGUCGGGCGUUCUUCUAGUUAUCUCUUUAUGAAGCCGCCGCAUAACGACAUGAAAGUUCAGUUUAAUGUGAGUUCAGGUACUAUAGUGUCUAUGAUGAUAUUUAUAACAGCUUUUAAUCAAUCAUAUUUUGUUUAACCAAUCUUCUAUUGUAUUGCGACAUUGUAUUGCAUCCAGAAAAAAGACCUUGAUGAAUAUUUAAUAUUUAUAUGUUUCUCUGUAGUGUGAUCAUGGGAGUGCUAUUGUAUAUUUCAUGUGCCAUUGAAA